GUGAUAUCUAUUAUUGCAUUUGUCACAUGUCCUAUUGAUAUUUUACUGGCAAACACACUCACAAAAUCCUCACAGUAGGCCUGUUGGGACAGGACUUGAACUGGCGGUCCCUGGGGGUCUCAACACUGCUUACUCAUUGACAUCCAAGGAUCCUUGAAGAGAGCAGGUAUAUAAGCCGCUGAGGAAAAAGCACCCUCCACAAACUGCGAGGAAAAUAUCCAAGAGACAACAGAUUUAAGAUCGAGGAAAUGGAGCUGAGGGCUUUGCUUCUGCUGACCCUUCUGGGACUCUUGUUUGUAGAGCCAGGGUUUGGACAAAGAGUUGACAUGGAUAUUAGUGAGUGGCUGAGUGAUAAAAUUGAAUUAAUAAAGAACUUGGAGGACAAACUUAAACAGCUAGAAACACGGCAGAAUGAUUCUGAGGCUCUGGAGGCCAAGCUCAACGCGACUGUAGACGAGGUGACGAGACAAAAAGCUGAAGUGGACGGACUGAGGAAAGAGAAUGAAGGCCUGCAAACGAGACUGAAUGCCACAGAGAUGGAGAUCGAUAAACUGAAGCAGAGUGGUGCUAAAAGUGCCCCUCAGAUCGCAUUCUCGGCCUCUUUGGCAAACUUCGGGGAGAUUUACAGAGGACCCUGCACGGACAAGACCCUUAUUUUCAAAAGGGUCUUCUCAAACACUGGCAGUGGUUAUGACCCAGAUACAGGAAUCUUCACAGCACCUGUGAACGGUCUUUACUUCUUAAGUUUCAGUACCUAUGGCUACAACACUCACGUCAUGGGGGCCAUUUUAAUGAAGAAUGGCGUUGGGCAAAUUUCAACCUAUGAUAACCCUUCAGUUGACAGCUCAGACAGUAGCAGUAAUGCUGUUGUUCUGCAAUUAGCUGCUGGUGACAAGGUGUACAUGGAGCUGUGGGACAACGGCAGAGUGUUUGACAACUUGAAUGGACACACAACCUUCAGUGGUUUUCUCGUCUUCCCUGUGUAA